AUGGAGAGCGCCCAAAGCCAGGGAGGGAAAGGGAGGAGAGGGGAGGGAGCAGGUCCAAGCCCAGUUUGCUCACCCAGCCAGCACCAGCAGUGCCUGUGCCAAGAGCCAGCUUUCUUAAAGCCAUGGGCCGGGGGGCCGGCAUUGCAGGCGGAGGGGAGCCCGCAAGCAAGGGCUGGGAAGCACAGAGGGGAGCCCUCGGCCUUCAGGGUCACCAUGGGCAUAAUUCACCUGCGCGCACCCCUGGCCUUCCUUCUUCUCCCUCUUGUUGCGCUUGGGGCACCCACUGAUGAAGCCCACCCCACAGAACCAGCCCCCGGUGCUUGCAAGCGCUGUUGUGACCCACUGGACUCUUCCACAGAUGCCCCACCGCUCCCUCCCAGCCACUACCACUUGCCCUACCCAAUGCCGGAGGUCCGUCCCUAUAUCAACAUCACCAUACUGAAGGGAGAGAAAGGAGACCGGGGAGAGCCUGGGAUGCCAGGGAAAUGGGGCAAAGAAGGACCACGAGGUGAGCGGGGUGCCCAGGGCCAGAAGGGCAGUAAAGGACAGAUGGGCACAGCGGGAGACCCCUGCAAGCAUCAGUACGCUGCAUUCUCCGUUGGUCGCAAGAAAGCGCUGCACAGCAGUGAGGGCUUCCAGGUCUUGAUCUUCGACACCGUCUUUGUCAACCUCUACAGCCACUUCGACAUGUUCAAUGGCAAAUUCUACUGCUAUGUAGGUGGACUUUACUAUUUCAGCCUCAACGUCCACACCUGGAACUUCAAGGAGACCUACAUGCACAUCAUGCACAACGAAGAAGAGGCAGUCAUCUUGUAUGCCCAACCCAGUGACCGCAGCAUCAUGCAGAGCCAGAGCCUCAUGCUGGAGCUUCAGGAAAAUGAUGAGAUCUGGGUGAGGCUCUACAAGUGGGAGAGGGAGAAUGCCAUUUACAGUGAUGAUGUUGAUGUGUACAUCACCUUCAGUGGGUACCUGGUCAAGCCCAGCACUGACUAACUGCCUUUCCUCCUCCUUGGGGCCUCUUUGGCCUUUUUCUUCUUCCUCUCUCUCCCUCUUUACUGCCCGCAACCACUGCAAAUCACUUGGAAAUGGGCCUGUCAAGUCUCAGGCACUGAGUGUGAAACUUGCCGCACUGGCUCCCAACUCACGCUCUCUUGUAGCCAGGCCUGUAUCUGUUCACUUACAGUGUGACACUACCAUCUCUCGCCCUCUCACCUCAUGGCCCCAACUUAGGUUAUUGGCUUCUUCUAAAUCUGCCAGCGAGCUGUGUCUGGCAUUUAGGGUCCUAGAGCAGGAGGAAAGCUAAAAUGCUGCUCCUGGGGAUGUGUUCCUCCUUGGGGCUUCAUACACAAAGGACUCCUGUAGAAAGGGCUGGAAAAUCCCCAGUGCCAGGGUGCAUCUGGUUCCUCUCCAUCCCAGCUAGACAUGCCAGUUUUGCAGCCUGCAACAUGGCCUUAAUGUCACCUCUCACACCUGUAGUCUGGAGAGCAGCCUGGGGUCUGACGGCCUCCUGUAGCACAAGGAAGAUGUAGGAAUGGUGAGAGACGAUACUGUCUUUCCAAAAAGGGGACUGUUGGCCUUCUGAAGUAUGCCAUUGGCUUUCCUUAGACACCCUUCUGGGUUACAGAGUCCAGGUUGGCUGUAAAAUCUAGGCCUGGUGGGAUUGUCCUCCUCUGUGCCGUCUUUGAAGAGAUGAAGGGCCAGACGCUCAGCCAGACCCUUCAGAAGCAUCUGCCAUUGAAUCAGUAGAGCCCACCACUCUAUUCCUACUAGGGAUCAUAAGUACAGAACGAGAGAGAGACACAACCCUCCCAAACCUCCCCUGGGGUGCUACUCGGUCUUGGUUCCCCAGCUGCGGGAAGCUAGUCCGGACAGUGAACCCAAAUCUGCUCUCUUCUUUGGCAGAGGUGGACCCAUGCCCUUCCAUUGGUAUCAGCAGUCAUCCCUAACACUUGCUGAUGUGAGGGGAGAGUCAGGCCCUGGCUCCUGCAUGCCAUUACGUUGUCCUCCUGAAGGUGGUUCUCCCACAUUAAUAUUGAGGGACGGCUGUUUCAGAACCUGAGCUGCAGGCUGUAAGGGCAAUUGCAGUUAAAUCAGUUCCAAACCUGGACAGGUUGGCACCUCUUUGCCUCUGUGAUGGAAAAGAGAUAGAGGUGAGACUACAGGACCUCGCCCCAGGGUUAAAAGCUUCCCUGCCACACGCUCUGUGCCCUUUUCUGGCAAUCUCAUCAGAGCAACUGAGAAAAGCAUGUGGCUAAAACAAGCCCUCGCUCUUCUUGUCAGGUUGGAGAUGUCGCAGUGGGAAAGGAAUGCCAGCGGUAGGGUUUUCUAGUACCAUUUGUACUGGUCUCACCCUGUUCUCACUCACUGGGAUUGCUACGGUCCUGGGGGGAACAGGUGAGGCUGACUCAGCACUUUGGGAAACCUACUUCCACAUGUUGUGGUGCUCCCGUAAACAGCAGUGCCAAGAGUGGUGUCUUUUUUGAGUCUCAGGACAGGACAAGCAGGAGAAACUGUAUUUCUCCUCUGCCCAUCACUGAUAAUGAAGUCUUCUGACUUAUCUAGCUUCUGCGGUCUCAUGAUUAGCCAUGGUCUCUGCCUAUAGCACCUGGGACUACCAGAGCUCUCCCAUAGGAGAUACACAUCAUUAUACAGGACUAGGUCCGGUACACUCAGCCAGGGAUGGCAAAGGCACAGGGACCCAGGCUAAAUAUUAGAAAUGAACUUGAGAGAAUUGCAGGACAUUUUCUCUCUUGCCCUGUUUACUUACCCUCCCUGCUUUGCUGAGGAAGCUGUACAGACUGGAAUGAGUUUCGGGCACUUUCUGCCUUGGAUCCUCCCCACCACCGUCACUGAGGCAAGGGGUAUAAAAACAAGGUUUCGCUGAGGCAAAGCUGGGUUUUUCCCAGGGAAACAUGUGAUGAUGGGAUCAUGGGAACUAAAGACUGUGAGUUUCUUCCCCUCCCUUAGCAAGUCAAGCAUGUGGAAUUGCUCAGAGAUGGGAUUUCAGGCAGUAGAGAGGAAGCGGUAUGCUGGAGGUGAUGCUCAGGACCAAAUCCCUUUCUCUCUUCCUCAACAGGCUGCAAACCCAGAUAUUGUCUAUUAACAGUGUAUAGUGCCCCUUUGUCUCCCCGAAGUGAAGCAAGCCUCUCUAACACUGAAUAUCUCCAGAAACAAGCUUCCUUCUUCCUCCUUUUCUAUUUGGUGUUUGAAUGCCAGUGAGAGGUCUCAUGUGCUGCCCAUGAGCAGCCAGAUGGUGCCUGAUUCACAUGAGACAGGAGGGCAGGGGGACCAAAGGGUGUGUUUAACAGGCUUCUUGGUGCUAAACAGGAACGCAAUCCCUUGGUGCUAAAUCAGAUUUCAGGAGUAUUGGGUGCUUUCUGGAAGGUGUAGUAGGCUGAGUUGUAAUGUACUGUGGAAUUAAUGGUGCUUUAUGUUACAAAACCAAAUGAACUCCAAGAACUUUUGUAUAUUUUUGUUUUCCAGUGGUAUUAAACUUUUUCCCUGGUUGUUUUGCACUUAGAUCUGCUUUUCCCUCCCAACCUAUUCUUUCUAGCUCUGGUUAUCGCUGAAUAGCGUGAUGGAAAAGACACUGACCUGAAAGAGACAGGUACAAAGUCUAACUCAGCUCUGAAACUUCCCUGGGCAAUCCUUGGCAAUCUUC